AAAAAUCCCGAUGGCUCCCUCCUCUAUCACAAUAGCCCUCCCUUCACACGCCAGUUUGAAUUGCCAAAUAUCCGACGGGACCUUAAAGCAUCUUUAGUUGGAGGUUUAGCGGCGGCGCGUCGAUUCCGUAUUAUUUACAGUCUAUGGUCGAUUCAGACAUUCAAACCUGCGGAGCAAACGAAUCAAGUCAAACAAACAUGACACGUCAAGGAAAUGUUACAACAGUAAUUGCAUCUACAUUAACUCUUCUGCUUUGCCUGUGUUCAGCCAGAGGCGACUACUGUGAGGUGAAUGUUUGCCACAAUGGAGCAACAUGUGUGACAGGUGUAGGAGAUGAUCCAUUCAUCUGCAUCUGUGCAGACGGCUUCAGUGGAGACACCUGCAACCUGACAGAGACAGGACCCUGCAGUCCGAACCCCUGUAAAAACGAUGGGUCGUGCGAGGUCAUCUCUCCCACAAGGCGAGGGGAUGUUUUCAACGCGUACGUCUGCAAGUGCCAGCCCGGCUUCGAGGGAGCGCACUGCCAGAUCAAUGUGAAUGACUGUGUGGACCAGCCCUGUAAGAAUGGAGGGAUGUGUCGAGAUCUUGAUGGAGACUACAACUGCCAGUGCCCCUCCCCAUAUGUUGGAAAGCAGUGCCAGCUACGCUGCAUCUCUCUACUGGGGAUGGAGGGCGGAGCAAUCGUGGAGUCCCAAAUUUCAUCCUCCUCUGUUCACUUCGGCAUUCUGGGUCUUCAGCGGUGGGGUCCGGAGUUAGCUCGACUCAACAAUCAAGGCAUCGUCAACGCCUGGACAUCGGCCGCACACGACAGAAACCCCUGGAUUGAGAUUAAUAUGCAGAAGAAGAUGCGUCUGACGGGCAUCAUCACACAGGGUGCCAGUCGUAUGGGCACAGCUGAGUUCAUCAAAGCCUUCAAGGUGGCGAGCAGCUUUGAUGGAAACGCUUAUACCACUUACAGACUGGAUGGCCAACGCAGAGACAAGGUUUUCGUGGGCAAUUUAGACAACGAGAGCACAAAGACGAACCUUUUUGACCCUCCCAUUGUGGCCCAGUACAUCCGAAUCAUCCCCGUGGUUUGCCGCAGAGCUUGCACGCUGCGCAUGGAGCUGGUGGGCUGUGAACUCAAUGUUUAUUCAAACACGGCAGGUUGCUCAGCCUCUCUGGGAAUGAAAUCUCGCCUCAUCUCGGACGGGCAGCUAACCGCCUCCAGCACUUUCCGCACGUGGGGCAUCGACACCUUCACGUGGUACCCUCAGUUUGCUCGACUGGAUAAGCAGGGAAAGACGAACGCCUGGUCUCCUGCUCACAACAACCGCUCAGAGUGGAUACAGGUCGAUCUGGAGAAGACAAAGCGCCUCACAGGCAUCAUCACUCAGGGGGCGAAGGACUUUGGUGUGGUGCAGUUUGUGUCUGUGUUUAAAGUUGUUUACAGUAAUGACGGAGAGGCGUGGAGUACAGUGAAGGAGGAGAACAGCGGCAAUGAUAAGCUUUUCCAAGGCAACAUCGACAACAACACCCACAGGAAGAAUCUAUUUGAGCCUCCGUUCUACGCUCGGUUCAUCCGGGUCGUCCCCUGGGAGUGGCAUGAGCGCAUCACUCUACGUAUGGAGCUGCUGGGCUGCGAUGACUAGAAGCUCGUCGAUCGACCGUUUCACCGUGCUCCACACUCGCCCCCAUGUCCCCAAGAGGAUCGUCUGUUGUGACCUUCGUUUUGGAUAAAGAUCCUGUUGACUGCUGGGACUGUUAACACUUGUAGCACUUUCUGAAUACUGACCUUUAUUUGUUUACGUACACAGAAUUGAUUGAAGGAUUUGAUCUUAACUGGCUUCAGACUUAAAUAAUCUUUGCAUAGAUAUAAUCCCAGUCCAUAUUACUUGCUCCUUCUUAUAUUUGAAAUUGUUUCAGGUCCCUUUUAAGUCUGGAGACGUGAUGAUUACCAGUUAAAAAUGUCUUCCUUCUUUACAAUCUAAGUUAACAAUACCGCUUUUCAUUCUAUUUUUUGACGGCACAAACUCGAGGUCAGGAAAAAAAUUAUAUUUUUUUGCACAUUGUUUAACUGCUACUGCUAGCAUAAUGGAAAAAAGGCCUGUGCAAUAUAGAAUAUGAUCUGGUAUCUUAACUGUAAUGGAAAAUAAUAAUGAAUGCCCGAGAGUAGAAAAUGUAGGCCUUUCAACUUUAAACUGCUGCACGCUGUAGGGAUUUCUUGUGUGCACAAUGCUGUUCAGCUUCAUUCUUAAAUAUGAUUUCAUCCUUUUUACAACAAAUGUGAAUAGAAAUAUUUUUAGAAAAUAAAACAUUGUUUUUUUAUUCAUUGUU